AUGGACUCUUUUCAACAGUCCUUAAAGGCAAUCUACCUACCCCACACUGGAAUUGGUUCAGCCUCCUUUCCGCGGUCACCAAACACUUUCAAACUGGGUACAACUGAUUCCAAAAUGAAAGGCCAAUCAUAUCUGCCGUUGUGGGAUUCUGCAAACAAUACGGUGGCCAUUGUGGUGCCGUAUAGGAAUCGAAGCGUGGAUUUGCGCAGGUUCCUCACGCACAUGCUUCCAUUUCUCAGCACCCAGAAGAGCCAGUGUGUCAUACUUGUCGUGGAGCAGGCGGGAAAUGGCAGUUUUAAUCGAGCUGAACUGUUUAAUGUCGCUGUCAGAGAGAUAAGGAAAAGUUUUUCCGGCGAUCGACUCUUUGGCAUCGAAUGUUUCAUUUUGCAUGACGUUGACAAAGUGCCUACUUCACCUUCUGUUGUCUACGAUUGUGGGCAGAACGUUAGACAACUAGUCAAUAUAUUUUGCACUGGAAAACAAGUUACGCGGUUGUACAGUUCAUUCCUGGGAGGAGUUACAGCCUUCAGUUGGAGGCAUAUUGAAACAAUUAAUGGUGCUUCAAACCUCUUCUACGGCUGGGGUGGUGAAGACGAUGAACUUGCGGUUAGACUGCAGUUGAACAAUAUUGAGGUGGAUCGACCUUCGGGCACCAUGGGAGUUUUCGCAGAAUUCGAUCGAAAUCAUCCUCGAGAUAGGAAUCCCAAGAGAAAGGAAUUAUUGAAGCCCAAAAGUGUGGCCUCUCGCUGGCGCAAUGAUGGUAUUAACCAAACGCGUUACCAACUACUCGACAGACGUGACUACGAACAAUUUGUUUGGAUUCUUGCGGCGAUUUGA